AACUAAUACGAAAACUGUACUGAUUUACUUCGACUGCCUGUAUGAGUAAACAAUGAUAAAUUGUGUUGAUAAACGUUUAUCAAACCGAUAAAGGAUUCAUACGUUGUGCUUGAAAAUAUGUGGAUGUUAUUGAAUGAGGUCUUUUGAAUACUGCUGAUAUGUGUUUCGAAUGGUUACUGAAUCGAACUGUACGACGGACAAGAUGUAUACAAUACCAAUCAGAACAAGGUGAAAUACAAAUCCACGAACCUACACGGGCUCCUGAACAAUAUCCUGUUUCCUACAUUUACACAGGAGAUUCUGUUUCAUACAAUAAAGAACAUUUUCCACGCCCGAGAAAGAAACAAAAUGAUUCCAAAACAUCUAAAACUGAAGCUAGAAUUGGGAGUCCUAGACCUGCUUCGAAACCUGAAGAAUUGCCUGAUUCGAGUGAAAAUGACGAAGAAAUAAAGAAAGUUAUAAACGAAAUAGAUGAGCUUUUCAAUAACGCUAAGGAGUUUGAUAAGCAUUUAGAAAAUUUCAAUGAUGUUGAGGGUAGCCAACAGCAUUACUUUAUCGAAGAAAGUCUUACGAGAAUCGUGCUGAAACUGGACAGACUGAGAGUAGAACACAGUGCCACGUUGAGAGCAAAACGUAGAGAAGUUAUAAAAUAUAUUUACCAAUUAUUUGAUAAACUGAACAAGAAAACUAUUGAAAAUAAUAUCACUGAAUAGAAUUGAC